AUGAAUAAUUAUAAUGAGUUAUUUAUUAUUGAUUUAGGAUUAUGUAAACCUAUAAGUGAAUUACAAAAUCCUGACAAUAGCCAGGUAAAUGAAAUUUAUGGAGUUUUACCUUAUAUGGCUCCUGAAAUAUUAAGAAAUCAACCCUAUACUCCGGAAAGUGAUAUUUAUAGUUUUUCAAUGAUAAUGUGGGAAUUUACAUCAGGUAUUCCUCCAUUUAAAGAUGAAGCACAUGAUUAUCAUCUUAUCUUGAGUGUUUGUGAAGGGAAACGUCCUGAGAUUAUUGAAAAUACACCAAAAUGUUAUGUAGAUUUAAUGAAAAAAUGUUGGGAUUCAAAUCCUUCCAAUAGACCAACCAUAGAAAUGCUUGAAAAUAUUAUAUCUGAAUGGAUUAGAUUACCUAAUAUUGAUGAUCAAUUAAAAAAUGAUAUGUUAGAACUUGUAAAAGUGAACAAAACUUUGGAGCAAAAGAAAGCAAAUACUUUUAUUAUACAAUUUCAUCCACAGGCAUGUUAUUCAAGUCGCAAGCUUAGUGAAAUUUAUUUUCAAGAAGACUCUCAGGGCUAUGAUUGUAUGAUUAAUGAUUAA